AUGAGACAAAUUCUCGGGCUUGUGAUCUGCUUGAUCGCCCCAGGAGGAUUGGCACUCAGUCAGAAGGAGUCCCCCUUCUUCUCCUGUAUAUCGCAGUCUCAAAGCUUACCGUUUGACUUCGUGCCACCACCAGGUGCAAAUGAAUUUUUUAGCCCCCAUUGCCAGUACGAGCCUGCCUUGGGCACUCUGUUGAUCUGUUUCCAUGAUCUGACCUCCAACCAGACUAAACAGGAUCAGCUUUUACAGGAUUCUUAUGGCGUCAUAGCGGAUUACUGCGGUCGACUCGGAGGAGCCAAUCUGGACGUACAAACAUUCGAAAGGAGGUAUCAGAACGCAACAAAGUACGUCCUUUCUGAAAACGAGGCUCGGUCGCAUAAUCUCAGCACGCCAAUCCGUUCUCCUGUGCGUCUAAACCUCACCACAGUGUUGACGUACGCGGACUCGUUUUCGCUGUUUGCAGGAAACUUUGCUUGGGCAUAUGAUUUUUCCACCAUAAUGUGCAUGUUUUGGGUGGUGACCUUAGGCUUGAUCGGAAUUUUCAACCAUUUCAAACACUUUCGAUGGAACAACAAGCUUAAAGGAGGCAUACUCGACACCUUUAGGGGUUACAUCGCUUUGCCCACGCUGAAUGGCAAGCAUUUCCAGCCAUGGAAUAUGUUCGGGUCUCUUGGCGAAUGGGCCCCCUUCAAGCUCUUUGACAGCUUGAUCCCAACCACACAGGAAUCCAUCAUUGUCUUCCUGUAUUGCAUCAUGGUCAUAAUAUCGUCUUCUGUCGGCUACACACUGCAAGAUCAAAGUGCUCUUUUGGGAGCAAAAGAUUUACAGUAUUAUAGAUACGUUGCCGAUAGAACAGGCAUUCUCGCCUUCGCACAGUUGCCUGCCCUAUUUUUGUUCGGGGGCAGAAACAACAUUCUCAUUAAUUUAACCGGAUUGCAGUUCAACACAUUCAUUAUCUUUCACAAGUGGAUCUCAAGGGCAAUGGUGAUUUUGGCUGCGUUGCACGCCUAUGCGUUUAGAGAGUACACAAUUAUUCGCGGCCACUACGAGAAAGUCUCACAGGAGACGCUCUGGUUCUUUGGUCGUCGAGCAUUAGAGGCUGGCAUCCUCAUUAUCCUGCAAGCCAUUUAUUUCUUCCGCAGCCGGUGGUACGAACUGUUUCUGGCUGUACACAUUAUUUUGGCCCUGAUUUUCAUUGUGGGGGCAUAUUUCCAUUGCAAAAGUAUCGGAUACCUGGAAUGGACUUAUGCCAGCAUGGGAGUGUGGGCGCUUGACAGGGUUUGGAGACUCAUGAAGAUUUACAGAUUUGGUAUUCCAAAGGCCACUUUCAAGCUCCAUUUUGAGACCAUUGUGAUCAGCAUUCCAAAGCCUGACCACUGGAAACCAUACCCGGGCUGUUUUGUCUAUCUAUACAUUCUCUCACCUUCUGUCUCUUGGAAAUUAUGGGAAAGCCAUCCGUUCACUAUUUAUUCUGUUGGGAAUGAAGUGCGGAUUUAUAUUAAAAAGAAAGACGGAAUGACGCAGAAACUGUACGAUUAUUUGCUGGCAGCUGGUGAGUCGCAGUUGCGGGUCGCUGUCGAAGGCCCUUACGGGCAUGCCUCGAGCCUCGAGAGCUACGAUAAUAUUCUCCUUCUUGCAGGAGGUAAUGGUGUUCCGGGCCCAUACUACCAUUGCAUGCAUCAUCUGGAACAAGCCCAAUCCAAAGGUUGGCGGAAAAAGAUACAUUUUGUCUGGAUAUCUCCAUAUUUUACAGCUCUCAGAUGGUUUGGCCGCGAACUAUUGGACCUCCAGACAAAAGAUCAACAUAAUUAUGUGUCAAAAGAUAUCUAUCUCACCAGAGAAAAUAAAUUGGUGCAGAAGACAUCGAGCGAUACAAAACCGACAAACUCCAGAACUCCAUUAAUAUCAAUUAGCAGCGAGGAGCUAAUGGCACGCGUCAUGGGCCAGCUAUCAGAAGAGCAUCUUGCUGACUACAACGUCCACAAGAUGAGGCCCGAUGUUUCCAAGCUUAUUUCUUCAGUUCUGGAGGAGGCAGAGGUGGAGGGCCACCGGAACGGUCUUGCUAUUGUUGUUUGCGGCUCAGACAUUCUGGUGGACACCAUACGGGAUGUUGUGGCGCAUAAGGUUGGCACCUCAGGCAAGGAGAUGCGCAUAGACCUGUUUGAGGAGCUUCAAGUAUGGUAG